AUGCAACCUACAACCGAGGCUCUGAAUGAAGUCAAAAAGCUCAGAAAGGCUGUAGUGUAUCGCAAGAAGAUUCUGAUAUACAUAUGCGACAGCACCGACUCGGAGCCAUGCAUGGUUGACGUCCACAACCUGCUUGCUAAGCUGAAGAGUGAAAUGGACCCUGGAACAUCUCUGAUAGGGUUUCUUGACGCUACACACGACACAAAUUUAGAGCGGAGCUGCAACACGCAGUAA